AUGGCACUGCGCACCGGGAGGACUUGGUUUGGGCAGGUCUUGCGCAGGGUCUUUCGGCUGCAGGGCUCCUGGUCCAGGCGAUCGAGCAGUCUCUUGUGUCUCUCCGCAAACCAGGAGCAGGAUCUGGGGGUCUGUCACAGGGAUCACCACAAGGCGGGGGACUUCCACCGCUGCUCCGACUCCGGCGUCCACCGCGGUCACCGUCACCGGAGCGCACCUUUCUGCGCCUCCGCCUCCAGGCGCUGUCCACACGGCUUUCCCCACGCCUGCUGCGCCUUCCCGGGGAACCCGAGGGGACAUGAGCCCCUCGGUCGCCGCUUCCUGUUGGCCAUGAAGCGGCAAAACGUGCGGACCUUGUCCCUGAUCAUUUGCACGUUUACAUACCUGCUCGUCGGGGCCGCCGUCUUUGACGCCCUGGAGUCCGACUUCGAGAUGCGGGAAAAAGAGCAGCUGGAAGCCGAGGAGAGGCGUCUCCAGGGGAAAUAUAACAUCAGCGAGGAUGAUUACCGCAAACUGGAGACCAUCAUCAUGGAGGCAGAGCCCCACAGAGCCGGGGUGCAGUGGAAAUUUGCAGGGUCAUUUUACUUUGCCAUCACGGUGAUAACCACCAUAGGCUACGGGCAUGCAGCGCCAGGGACCGACGCAGGGAAGGCCUUUUGCAUGUUUUAUGCCGUCCUGGGAAUCCCUUUGACUCUUGUCAUGUUCCAAAGUCUGGGCGAGAGGAUGAACACUUUUGUCAAGUACCUCCUGAAGCGAAUCAAGAAGUGCUGUGGCAUGAGCAUCACCGACGUGUCCAUGGAGAACAUGGUGACUGUAGGUUUCUUCUCGUGCAUCGGCACGUUGUGCAUUGGGGCCGCUGCCUUCUCCCAUUACGAGGACUGGAGCUUCUUUCAGUCUUAUUAUUACUGCUUCAUCACAUUAACAACUAUAGGCUUUGGGGACUUUGUGGCCCUUCAAAAGAACCGGGCCCUCCAGAAGAAGCCCCUGUAUGUGGCCUUUAGCUUCAUGUAUAUCCUGGUGGGCCUGACGGUCAUUGGGGCCUUCCUCAACCUGGUGGUGCUCCGCUUCCUGACAAUGAACAGCGAGGACGAGCGGAGGGACGCUGAGGAACGGGCCUCACUAGCUGGCAACCGGAACAGCAUGAUCAUCCACAUCCAGGACGAAUCGCUGCAGCGGGGCCGGCGGCGGCGUGAGCCGUACCGGCCGGAAGUGACUGAUUUACAGUCAGUCUGCUCCUGUAUGCACUACCACUCGCAUGACUUCGGCAGCUCUGGGGGAGGGAUGGGAGGCCUGGGCUGUGCCUUCUCCCAUCAGAACUCAUUCAGCUCGCAGCUGAAUCCCAAUCAGUACUUUCACUCGGUCUCCUAUAGGAUCGAGGAGAUCUCUCCCAGCACCUUGAAAAACAGCUUCUUUCCUUCACCCAUCAGCUCGGUGUCUCCGGGCCUCCACAGCUUCACAGACAAUCACCAGCUCAUGAGGAGAAGGAAAUCCAUCUAA